GAACCUCAGAGGUCUAUUAGAGGUCAGUGUGAGUCCUUCUAAUAGCAACUGCGGCUGCAGCAGGCCUUUCAGAUAACCACACUGCUGCAGAUCGGACAUAGCCUCGACCUUUCUUUGUGAACGCACGCUGGUGACUGCAGAACAGCCAUGCAGGCUCAGGAAGUCCUGAGACAGCUGCGGAUGCCCGAGCUGGAUGAUGUUCGGCAGUACGUGCGAGGCUUCCCCACCAACGCACUCAUGGGAAUGGGGGCCUUCGCUGCCAUCACCACCUACUGGUUUGCCACAAGGCCAAAAGCGCUCAAACCACCCUGUGAUCUCACACAGCAGUCAAUCGAAAUGCCGGGUGGCGAACGUGCACGAAGGUCGGUACUGAAUGACAGCAGCGAACUCAUGACGCAUUACUACAGCGAUGCGCUCACGAUGUACGAGGUGUUCCAGCGAGGGCUCAGAGUAUCGAAUAAUGGACCCUGCCUCGGAUCAAGAAAACCCAACCAGCCCUACGAGUGGGAGACGUAUGGAGAGGUGGCGAGCCGAGCGGAGAACAUCGGCUCCGCCCUCCUUCACAGAGGUCACUCUCACACAGGAGACAAAUACAUCGGGAUCUUUUCCCAGAACAGACCAGAGUGGACCAUUUCAGAGCUGGCUUGUUAUACGUACUCCCUGGUGGCCGUCCCGCUGUACGACACACUCGGCACAGAGGCCAUCAGCUACAUUAUCGAUAAAGCCUCCAUCUCAACGGUGAUCUGUGACGUGCCUGAAAAGGUUCGCAUGAUCCUGGACUGCGUCAGCGGCCAAGGGCGAUCUGUGAAGACCAUCGUUGUCAUGGAGGCAAUCGACGACGACCUGGUGACCCGGGGCAAAGAGAGCGGCAUCGAAAUCCUGAAAUUGAAGGAAUUUGAGGCAUUGGGUAAAGCCAACCUUCACAAACCAUUGCCUCCAAAACCAGAGGACCUCGCAAUCAUCUGCUUCACCUCUGGGACCACAGGAAACCCAAAAGGUGCCAUGCUUACUCAUGGAAAUGUGAUCUCCAACACUGCAGCAUUCAUUCGAGUAACACAGGUGCACUGCAUGCUGAACCUCCAUGACAUUCAUGUAUCCUAUCUCCCCUUAGCUCACAUGUUUGAGAGGGUUGUUCAGGGCGUUAUCCUCAUCCAUGGGGCUCGAAUCGGUUAUUUCCAAGGGGACAUUCGACUCCUGAUGGAUGAUCUGAAAACUCUGCAGCCAACAGUGUUUCCUGUCGUCCCACGCCUGCUCAACCGCAUGUUUGAUAAGGUAUUUGGUCAAGCCAACACCCCACUGAAGAGGUGGCUGCUUGAUUUUGCUUUCAGGAGGAAAGAGUCAGAGCUGAAAAGUGGAGUGGUCAGAAAGGACAGCAUGUGGGACAAACUCAUCUUCAAAAAAGUCCAGGCGAGUCUGGGAGGCCGCGUGCGUCUCAUGAUCACAGGAGCAGCUCCAGUGUCUCCAACCAUCCUCACGUUCCUACGAGCCGCUCUCGGCUGCCAGUUUUAUGAAGGCUACGGUCAGACUGAAUGCACAGCUGGUUGCUCCAUGUCGAUGCCCGGGGAUUGGUCUGCAGGUCACGUCGGGCCUCCUCUGCCCUGCAACUAUAUUAAACUGGUGGAUGUAGCAGAAAUGAAUUACUUGGCAGCCAAUGGAGAGGGAGAGGUGUGCGUCAAAGGACCAAACGUUUUCCUUGGAUACCUUGAAGAUCCUGAGAAGACGGCCGAGGCGAUCGACGCGGACGGCUGGCUGCACACGGGAGACGUUGGCAAAUGGCUCCCUAACGGCUCCCUGAAGAUCAUUGACAGGAAAAAGCACAUUUUCAAGCUGGCGCAGGGAGAGUACAUCGCCCCGGAGAAAAUAGAAACGGUUUAUAACCGCAGCGAUCCAGUGGCCCAGAUAUUUGUCCAUGGUGACAGCUUACAGGCCUGCCUCGUGGGCAUCGUGGUGCCUGAUCCAGACUUUUUGCCUAUUUGGGCCAAGAAAAAGGGGCUUGAAGGCUCGUAUUCCGAACUGUGUAGUAAUCAGGAUGUGAAGAAAGCAAUCCUGGAGGACAUCCUGAAUUUGGGCAAAGAGGCGGGACUCAAGUCUUUUGAGCAGGUGAGGGACAUCGCGUUACACCAGGAGAUGUUUUCUGUCCAGAACGGUCUGCUGACUCCCACCCUGAAGGCCAAGCGGGCCGAGCUUCAGAGCCGCUUCAGAGACCAGAUCAACGCACUUUAUGCCAAAAUUAAGAUCUGAGCCGGGCUCCAGCUGGACUUCGGGAAGGUGACACUCUUCUACAGCCUGCAUCCAGAAGCGCGUGGAACUGAAGGGGGUUUGAAGUCACAUUUAUUUUCAUCUGUGUCUAUUUUAAAUCAUUCAUUGUUGAAUGAAUUUCUUGUUGAAGUCCGUAUUGUCCCCACCUCGGCUGUAGAGCAACACUCCCCCCGUGAACACUGGCCCAUUCGAGAGGAAUAUGGUGGAUCAUGUAACUGUGUUGCUGGUUUCAUUUUUCCAAGAGAUUGUUUAAAGGAAUAAAAGUGGGAAUGUGACUUUGAAAUGCCUUCACUGUCAUUAAACCUUGAAACUCCAGCAAACCUUUCAAAGAUUUUUUUUUUUUUUUUUUUGGGAUUCUCAACAGCACCAGAUUAAAACCUAUUUUACUGCUUUUACUACAGAGAGAAAUAUUGACUAUUUAUAUACCAGGCUAUUUAAUGUUUUGGUCAUGUAUUUAAGUUGAUAUUUAAUGUAAUCAUGAAACCUGUAAAUACUGCUGGAAAACUAUAUUUGUAAUUCCCUGCAUUCCCCGAUUUAGUGUCACUACGGCAUUUCAGGAAUGAUAUUGCCUCAUAGAUUUUGUCGCUAGUUUUUUUUUUCCUUCUUUUUUUUCUUGGUUUUGUUUUUUUGGCCACUGCAUGUAAAAUACUGAUUGUUUCUGUCCCGUACCUGCAGCGCCUUCAGAUGCCAUCACUGCACACGUGGAGAUGUGUCUCUGUCUUGUGUAUUCAGCAAGAACAUGCCAACGCUGAUAUUGCAAUCAAUGUGAAGUUAACGGUUUCUAAAUCGCUUCUUCAUCCUUGUCAUAACUUCAGAUGAACUUUUGGCUGGACAUCAUAUCACCUUCAUUUCGGCUUUUUAAUUAAAAAACUGAGUUGAGCAGUUUUUGGCUGGAGAAGUAUCGUCACUGCUUAUCUAACCGUGUUGAAAACUUCACAAAACAAGGCACAUUGGUUUCGUUUGCUGAUUUAAUCACAGGACAGGAUGGAAGUGCAUUUUGUGUUGAAGCAAUGUUAUAUUAAAGCAUCUGUGUUUUGUCAAUU